GGCUUGCAGGGGCUAUGCAACCAUCGGUUGCGUUGGAAUAACGAAUAGCUGUUAUAAAGGUAUUGGAUUGCGCUCGUCAUGCAACACCAUCGACAACUUAAGAUCCAUUCUUGGAUACUCGCUCGAUCUUGCUCAUUGCGUUUGCAUGACUACCGUCAAUAACUGAUUGAGCCAUAAGUCCAUAAAAGGAACUUCAAGAUUAGGAGCCUCCCUCCAACAUUCAAUACAUUGCAACUGUACGGCGACAACUCAGAUAUCGCAACAAUGCCUGGAUACCAUGUCGCAGAGCCAAACUCCUACCUCGUCGUGACGGGCGUGGGGAUUGAAAAGGUCAAGAUCCAGAAGAAAGCCUUCGUCUAUCCUUUUCAAAAAGUAUCAAAGAUCAGCAUCACACCCUUUGACUUUUCCAUGUCGUUACAGGCCAUGACGAUCGAGAAGCUCAAAUUCUCGCUCCCGGCCGUCUUCACCAUCGGCCCAGCAGACGAUAUGAUCUCGCUUGAGAAGUACGCUGUUCUUCUGACUGGCGAGUCUGAUGGCCGGCCGACCGCGGCAGUGAGCAAGGGCACUGUCUCUGUUGCUGGCGUCGACGGCCGCAAUCAUGUCCAAGACAUCGUCAAGGGUAUCAUCGAGGGCGAGACCAGGAGCAUUGUUUCGACUAUGACCAUGGAGGAGCUGUUCCGCGAGAGGAAGGUAUUCAGAGACAAGGUUAUCCAGUCUGUCCAGAGCGAACUCGAUCAAUUCGGCCUCUGCAUCUACAACGCCAACGUCAAGGAACUCCAAGACACUCCCGGCUCCGAGUACUUCGCCUUCCUCUCCCGCAAAGCGCACGAAGGCGCCCUCAACCAAGCCAAGGUCGAUGUCGCCGAUGCUCGCAUGAAAGGAGAAGUUGGUGAAGCCGAAAAGCAAGGCAAGACAAAGCAGGAGGUUGCCAAAAUCCACGCGGCCACUGCCGUCCUGGAAACCGAACGCAAAGCAGAGAAAGCCACCGCCGACGCCAAGCUGACGCAGAAAGAAAUUCAAAUUGGCAACGAACUAAACAUUGCCCGCAUCAACGCGAAGCGCGAAGCCGAGCAGCGCGAUGCCCAUCUCAACACCGAAGUCGAGAAGACGCGUGGACUAAUGGAACUCGAGCACCAGAGGGCCACCAAAGUCGUGCAAGCUCGUAUCGAGAAAGAGUCAAGCCAGCAGAAGGCCGACGCAGAUCUCUACGCACAGCAGCGCGCUGCCGAAGGUCAGAAGUUCUCCGAGCAGGCUGACGCCGAUGCAGCAGCGUACCGCCGCCUACAGGAUGCAGACGCAGACUUCAAAGCAAAGGAGAGAGAGGCCGAGGCCUAUUUCCUCGUCGAGAAGCGCAAAGCGGAAGCCGAGUAUUUCCGUCGGGAAAGAGAGGCACACGCACAUCUCAUCUCGCAACAGCGCGAGGCAGAGGGCCUAUCUGCAAUGGCGAAAGCGUACGGCGAGAUGGCGACUGUGCUUGGCGGACCGCAAGGCUUGAUGCAGUGGAUGAUGCUGAGUAAUGGGACGUACCAGCAACUGGCCAACGCCAACGCAAAGGCGAUCCAGGGCCUGCAGCCCAAGAUCAAUGUCUGGAACACAGGGGCACAGGGCAGUGAGGGCACAGCGGAUGCGACCGCACCCAUCAGAAACCUGUUUCAGAGCCUGCCCCCUCUCCUUUCCACUAUCCAUGAUCAAACUGGUAUGGCGCCACCGAGCUGGUUGGCACAGAUGCCGCAGAACCAGGAGUUUGACCCCAAGACUUUGGAGAAGCUGGCAUUGAGGAACGGAAGCGAGACGUCUUGACCCAGAUGGUAUCUUGUUGGCAGACAACGGUCGUCGAGAUUUAUGUUUGAUUUGUGCUUGAGUGUUCAUCUUAUGGCCUGGUAUACCCUGGCGUUGGCAUAGAUUAUUGGUUUUGUGAUAAUACCACUACGUUACUUAUUAGUACAGG